AUGGGAGCGUUAUCCGAGUUCGGGGGGGGUGGCGGAGCCGCUUCCGCGGACUCUUCCGCCAUCGGCGGAAAGAAGCCCACGCCGGGGCGCGGCGGGGUCGUUAUUUCCGCGUCCCCGGAAGAAUCCCGCGUGCGCGCGAUCUCCGAGAUCGUGCGGGCGAUGAUCGACGGCGUGCGCGCGGGUCGCGACGUCAAUUUGAACGCGAUCAAAUCCGACGCGUCGCGAAAGCACGGGCUGUCACGCGCUCCGAAGCUCGUCGAGAUCAUCGCCGCGGUUCCCGAGGAGCACCGCGACGCGCUGAUUCCAAGGCUCCGCGCGAAGCCCGUUCGCACGGCCUCGGGAAUCGCCGUCGUCGCCGUGAUGUCGAAACCGCAUAGAUGCCCGCACAUAGCGACGACAGGGAAUAUUUGCGUGUACUGCCCUGGCGGGCCCGAUUCCGAUUUCGAGUAUUCGACGCAGUCUUACACCGGGUAUGAGCCGACGAGUAUGCGCGCGAUUCGGGCGAGGUACCAUCCGUACGUUCAGGCGCGCGGUCGGGUCGACCAACUGAGGCGACUCGGGCAUAGUGUGGAUAAGGUGGAGUACAUCCUAAUGGGCGGCACGUUCAUGUCCCUCCCAGCGGACUACCGCGACUUCUUCGUGCGCAAUCUCCACGACGCGCUCUCAGGCCGCUCCUCCGCGUCUGUAGCCGAGGCAGUGCAGUACGCCGAGCAUGCCGCCACACGCUGCAUCGGCCUCACCAUCGAAACCCGUCCAGACUACUGCCUAGGACCGCACCUGCGGCAGAUGUUAGCAUACGGGUGCACGCGGCUGGAGAUCGGAGUGCAGAGCACUUACGAGGACGUGGCCAGGGACACCAACCGCGGCCACACUGUCGCUGCUGUCGCCGACUGCUUCUGCCUCGCCAAGGACGCGGGCUUUAAGGUGGUGGCGCACAUGAUGCCGGAUCUACCCAACGUGGGCAUGGAGAGGGACAUGGAGUCAUUCAGGGAGUUCAUGCACAGCCCCGCCUUCCGCACGGACGGGCUCAAGCUCUACCCCACGCUCGUCAUCCGCGGCACAGGGCUCUACGAGCUCUGGAAGACCGGCAGGUACCGCAAUUACCCGCCAGAAAAAUUGAUCGAUCUAGUCGCGCGCAUCCUGGCCCUGGUCCCACCCUGGACGCGCGUGUACCGCAUAAUGCGAGACAUCCCGCUGCCACUGGUCACGUCGGGAAUUGACAAGGGCAACCUGCGCGAGCUGGCGCUGGCGCGCAUGGCAGAGCUGGGUCUGCGGUGCCGGGAUGUGCGCACGCGGGAGGCGGGCAUUCAGGACAUCCACCAUGCCGUGCGGCCGCACGACGUGCAGCUCGUGCGGCGGGACUAUGCGGCUAAUGAUGGCUGGGAGACGUUCCUCUCCUAUGAAGAUGUGACCCAGGACAUUCUGGUGGGGCUGCUGCGGUUAAGGAGGUGUGGGGCACACGUGACGUGUCCGGAGCUGAAGGGGCGGUGCUCCUUAGUGCGAGAGCUGCAUGUGUAUGGGACUGCCGUGCCUGUGCACACACGCGACACCGACAAGCUGCAACACCAGGGAUAUGGCACAUUGCUGAUGGAGGAAGCAGAGCGCAUUGCCCGGUGGGAGCAUGGCUCGAGGAAGCUGGGAGUGAUAUCAGGUAUAGGGACGCGCCACUACUACAGGAAACUCGGUUAUGAGCUCGAGGGGCCUUACAUGGUCAAAACUUUUCCGCGUGCUGUGAGGGGGAUUGGGCGUGGGAAGGGCAGCAAAAGGCGUGCAAAGCAAGUGGUACACUGA